AACAACAUUAAAUAAGUGAAGACUUUAACAGACACUCAGGCAGCCGCAGCAUCGUCCGCAGCGAGCGCACACACGCUGACACAAGUCGCGUGGGCUGUCUGGACGCCGACGCCAUCUGUUCUCGCCCACGCUGGACACGCUGCAAUCAAGACUGCUUUUAAGAUGAUCUAUUUAGGAAAUAAAUUUUAACCAGAAUUACCAUAUUCUCUUCGCCCUGAAUAGACUACAUAUUGUAGUGCGUUGGCACGGAUGCUCUAUUAGGCUACUCUGCUGUCUCUUGGCUGGGGAAAAUACUCAGGAGGUACAUUUGUAUCCAUAACAUUUGUCACCGAGAGAGGCUGACUGGUUGUCCUCUGUCAUCUUGAAGUUGUCGUAUUGAGCAUCCUACAGACUGUGAAUUGUGAUGUACUUGUGUCAUGGUCACCCUAGUUCCACAAGGUGAGGAGAGGGAUUGAGUUGGAGAGAUUUUUAACGCGGAGGGAGUUGUUGUGGAUCACGGAGACCAGGAGGAGAGAGACAACCGUCGGCGCCAAUAAGCGCCAAUAACACCUUCUGCAUCAGAACCGUCUCCGUUUCUUCCAUAUAUGGUACACCACUAAAACUGGACCCUUGGAUUAAUUUUACAGAAUACCUGUCAACGAGAAUAUAUCUGUUUUAAAUUCACUGUAAUAGACUUCAAUCAGGUCGAGGUGUCUCACUGCGGUUGAACCCCCUACCAAGGCUAAGGUUGUGGUUUUACCGUUUGGACCAUUUUAAUAAUAAUAUUUCCCUUUCGGGUGGAUUGUUUGACCAUCUCGGACGACCCCAAAUGUGCGAUGUCUGAGCAGUGAGAGCUCGGUGGGAUCUGCUUUGGUCGUCCUGCAUAGUAGCAUGGCCCCGUCCCGACGGCACUGCGGAUGGGAGAUGACGCCUCUAUUGGUAUGCCUGCUCCUGUCCAUCUUGAUGUUUCAGCCUGCGCUAGCCAAGGUCUGCAAUGACUAUACGAGGCACGGUCAGGACAACAGCUGGUUCUCGGGGGAUAAUGAAAAGUUGCCCAUCAUGGUGCUCAUGCCGAUGAACGAGUCGGCGCUGAUGAGCAGCAUUAGUCAGGGCAUCGAGCCCGCAGUCCAACUGGCCAUACAACAUAUAAAAGAAUCACGGAAUUACAAGUUUUCACUCAUCACCAAAAUCUACGACACCGAGUGUGACAACGCCAAGGGACUGAGGGCCUUCUUCGAUGCCAUAUGCUACGGACCCAAACACCUGAUGAUCUUUGGAGGGGUGUGUCCGUCCGUGACGUCCAUCAUUGCCGAGUCACUGGAGGGGUGGAACCUGGUGCAGCUCUCCUUUGCGGCAACAACCCCUGUUCUGGCCGACAAGAAGAAGUACCCCAACUUCUUCCGGACGGUUCCGUCGGACAACGCAGUGAACCCAGCCGUGGUCAAGUUCCUCAACUUCUACAACUGGAGCCGUGUUGGGACCCUCACACAGGAUGUCCAGAGGUUCUCAGAGGUGAGGAAUGACUUGACCAAUGAGCUGGAGAAGGCAGACAUCCAGAUCGCUGACACCGAGAGCUUCUCCAACGACCCCUGUGUCAAUGUCAAGAAGCUCAAGGAUAAUGAUGUGAGGAUCAUUAUCGGACAGUUUGAUGAGAAUCUGGCCUCCAAAGUAUUCUGCUGUGCGUACAACCUGAACAUGUAUGGUAGUAAGUACCAGUGGAUCAUACCAGGCUGGUACCAGGGGAACUGGUGGGAGCAGGCCAACUCCACCAACUGCACCACCAGGAAGCUGCUGACCGCUAUGGAGGGAUACAUUGCUGUGGACUUUGAACCGCUCAGCGCCAAACAGGUCAAGGGCAUCUCUGGAAGGACACCCAAGGAGUACGAGAGGGAGUACAGUAAAGAGCUGCAGCAGAAGGGAGUGGAGCCCUCGAAGUACCACGGCUUCGCCUACGAUGGGAUCUGGGUGAUAGCUAAGACCCUGACCCGCGUCAUGGAUUUACUGCAGCACAAGGAGAGGCAGGACAUGUACCACAACUUCACCGUGGACGACCGGGAGGUGGGCAGGCUGGUGCUGGACGUCAUGAACGAAACCAACUUCUAUGGCGUCACGGGCCAAGUCAUGUUCAGGAACGGAGAACGGAUGGGCACGAUCAAAUUCACACAGUUUCAAGAGGGUCAGGAGGUGAAGGUCGGAGAGUACAACGCUAUUGCUGAUGUCCUGGACCUUAUUAACAACACCAUGAGGUUCCAAGGGGUGGAGCCUCCUAAGGACCGUACGUUUGUGCGUCUGCAGCGUCGCAACAUCAACGUACCCCUCUACAGCAUCCUGUCUGUUAUCACCAUCCUGGGCAUGCUCAUGGCAGGGGCCUUCCUCUUCUUCAACAUCAAGAACCGCAACCACAGACUGAUCAAGAUGUCCAGUCCCUACAUGAACAACCUCAUCAUUCUGGGAGGAAUGCUGUCCUACUCCUCCAUCUUCCUCUUUGGCCUGGACGGUGCCUUGGUGUCCGACAAAGAGUUUGAGGCCCUGUGCACCGUGAGAACGUGGAUCCUCAUCGUAGGGUAUACGACAGCGUUCGGCGCCAUGUUCGCCAAGACCUGGAGAGUCCACGCGAUCUUCAAGAAUGUCAAGAUGAAGAAAAAGAUUAUCAAGGACCAGAAGCUGCUGAUCAUCGUUGGUGGGAUGCUGCUGAUUGACCUAUGCAUCCUCAUAUGCUGGCAGAUUGUUGACCCACUGAAGAGGACCGUGGAGGAGUACAGCUUGGAGGCGGACCCCCAGGGGCAGGACAUAGCCAUCCGGCCCUUCCUGGAACACUGUGAGAACACACAUAUGACCAUUUGGCUGGGAAUUGUCUACGCUUACAAGGGCCUGCUUAUGUUGUUUGGGUGUUUCCUGGCCUGGGAGACGAGGAAUGUGAGCAUCCCGGCCCUGAAUGACAGCAAGUACAUCGGGAUGAGUGUGUACAACGUGGGCAUCAUGUGUAUCAUCGGGGCGGCUGUGUCCUUCCUCACGCGAGACCAGCCCAAUGUGCAGUUCUGCAUCGUGGCUCUGGUCAUCAUCUUCUGCAGCACGAUCACUCUCUGUCUGGUGUUUGUGCCAAAGUUCAUCACGAUGAGGACCAAUCCGGACGCUGCUACUCAGAAUCGGAGGUUAAAGUUCAAUACGAACCAGAAGAAAGAGGACUCCAAGAUGUCCACGUCAGUGACGAGUGUGAACCAGGCCAACACGUCCAGACUGGACGGCCUGCAGACCGAUAACCACCGCCUCCGCAUGAAGAUAACAGAGUUGGAUAAGGAACUGGAGGAGGUGACCAUGCAGCUGCAGGACACCCCAGAGAAGACCCCGUACAUCAAGCAGAACCAAUACGGCGACGUCAACAACAUCCUCAGCAUACGCAACUUUACCGACAGCAAAGAGGGGGAGAAAUCGAUACUGAAGAAUCAUCUUGAGCAGAAGCCUCAGGCGCAGUGGGGCUCCAUGGACCCUUCCAGAAUAAACAGAGGUCCUCUGGAGGAUAUCAACUCACCUGAACACAUACAGCGCAGGCUGUCGUUGCAGCUGCCCAUCCUGCACCAUGCCUACCUACCCUCCAUAGGGGGGGUGGACGCCAGCUGUACCAGCCCCAACCCCAGCCCCAGCUCCAGCCCGCGGCACAGACACAUGCCACCGUCCUACCGGGUCAUGGUCUCAGGCCUGUGAGCAUCAGUUUCCCCUGGCGCUACCAAGAGAAAGACAUCCGUGUAAAAAACAACAACAAGCGGACUGUGACUGAGGUCAUCAGCGAUAGUGGAAUAAUAUGUGUGUUGGACCAGGGAGGGGGAAGUUUUAUCCACUCUUCAUGCCUCGGUCUCUAGACCCCCUCACUAGAACCAUGGGUCGGGGAAAGGGCACAGAGGACCUUACAAACGAUGACACGAACCCCCCCCGGCAGCAGAGGACCAGACCUGACCUGACCAGUAGCGUAUCUGCUUCGGAAGGUUUUAUGUUGUUGUUUUUUUCCUUUUGCCAUACAAUUGACUGUGUGAACUUGUCAAAACUUGAGUAUUUCACUACUUCAAUGCCUAGAAGGUGUUAGGUGUUACUAUAGGAACAAAGGAGUUCCAGAUCGGACUGACGUAGGAUUCAUCAAAAUUCACCGUUGUGAACAAACAUGUAAAUAUCAUACUGACUUUGACUUACCGUAAGCUUUGAUUGAGUAUGCUGUGAAUUAACAUAUGGGGGGAUGGGGGGCAGGUCUGUAUCAGCGUAGGACCUGAAAAACUCAUAUAAAAAAUUAAAAACUGGCAUCCUACAAAGCAAAAUGUAAGACAAAUUGGUUUGUGUAAUAUUACUGCAUCAUUGUAGUAUGUUAAUUAUGUUAAAUGGAUUGGCCAUUGGCAAGAAGUAAGGCACCAGCGGCCAAUUCUUUAAACUUUCACACAGCUUAUUUUCCACUUUGCUAAAUUUGCACCAUUCGUUUUUUUUAAAGAUUAUACUAUCCCGUUUCAUAGGUCUUUGAUGUGUUU